AUGACCUCCAACCCGCAGCCUCAACCUAGGACCGAUGCCUCGGUGCAUGAGUAUGGCAGAGACUUCCUCACCUUCUCGGUACAGCACGGUAUACAUUGCGUACCUAUCGAUGAUGAAGAGCUUAACCGGCAGGCUGACUUCUACGACGUUGUCUCUCGGCUGUUUGAGAGACGUCUCUUCCUGCCAACCGACUUAGCUCCAGAGUUUAUACUUGACUGCGGAAGUGGUGGUGGCAUCGAGUGGGCCGAGGAAGUAAUGGAGAAAUCUGAGCUGGGGCCAGGAUCUUCCAGCUCGGAGGAUGACGACUUUGCAUGCCAGGUAAGCCUAGAUGUGAAGAAGAGAUGGAAUCUCAACGAACCCUUCCGCUACGACCAAGAGGAACUCGCCAGGGACAAAUAUGAUCUCGUCAACUCACGAUUCCUCGCAGACAGCAUCAACGCAAGCCGAUGGGCAUCCUAUGUGCAAGACCUCCACGACCGGCUAAGAGACGGCGGCUGGCUACAGAUGCUCGAAGCACAAUUCAAUAUCCAAUCGCGAAGCGGAAGGCCUCUGGAGUAUCUUUCAAGAUGGUGGAACAUCUACAGCCAGGCCUUAGAGAGGCAGAACAAAGAUCCAAGGGUCGGAACAGAGCUACCCCGACACCUCCACAAUGCCGGGUUCAUCAACAUUGCUGUGGAGCCAAAGCAAUUGCCCGUUGGGGAGUGGCACCAAGACCCUCGCCUGCGAGAAGUGGGCAGGGACAUGAAGUCGGUAGCGUUGCAGACUUUGAGGUCGUUGGGUAUAUGGCACUGCCGUCAGGCUGGUAUGCAAGAAAGCGACUUCGAGGAUCUGAUUGCUGGGUGUGAAAGGGAAGUGUCAGACAUGAGUCUGCGACUCUAUAUUCCGAUGUGA